ACGACUCCAAUGUUGUUAGGGUUUAAGAAACAAGAAGAACUAGCAGUUGAUUUUAGGGUUUAACAAAACAAACACAUCCCCCUUUCUUCUUCUUCUUCUCCACUAAUCAUGAACUUCCGGUUCCAAAAUCUUCUCGGAGCUCCAUACAGAGGAGGCAACGUCACUACAGUCGACAACACCCUGCUAAUCUCACCUAUCGGUAACCGGAUCUCCGUCACAGACCUCAAAAAGUCCGAAACUAUUACUCUCCCUUUUCAAUCCUCUUCUAAUAUCACCCGCAUCGCCGCCUCAAACGACGGCGUUUUCCUCCUCACUGUCGAUGAGAACAACCGCUGUCUCUACAUCAAUCUACGCCGCCGCGCCGUUCUGCACCGCAUUACUUUUAAGAAACGCGUCGGCGCCGUCAAGUUUAGCCCCGACGGAGCCCUAAUUGCGGUGGCGUUGGGGAAAUUGGUGCAGAUUUGGCGGUCGCCGGGGUUUAAAAAGGAGUUCUUUCCGUUUGAAUUGGUGAGGACUUUUGCUGAUUGUAACGAUAAGGUUACGUCAUUGGAUUGGAGUGAUAAUUCGGGGUAUUUGCUCGCGGGGUCGAAAGAUUUGGCGGUGAGGUUGUUUUGUUUGAAGAAAGUUCCAGGCUUGUCGAAGGCAUUUAUGUUUUUGGGACAUAGGGAUGCAAUUUGUGGUGCUUUUUUUGGUACUGAUAAGGUAGAUAAGGUUCCUCGGGUUUAUACGAUAUCGAGAGAUGGUGCGAUUUUUAGUUGGAUAUUGAAUAAUGUGGGUGAGGAUGUUGAAAUGGAGGAUUCAGAACCCGUGUCUCCCGGUACACCUGAUCAAAAUGGUGAUGGGAAUGGGGAUGAGAAUGAGAAUGUGAAGAAGAGGAAGAAUGUUGAGGGUGAUGUGAGCGAUGGUGAUGACAAGAAUGGGGUUUUGUUGCAUAAAGGGAAAUGGGAGUUGUUGAAGAAGGAUUUUUUUAUGCAGGCUCCAGCAAAGUUGACAGCUUGUGAUUUUCAUAGUGGUCUUGAUCUUGUUGUAGUGGGGUUUUCGAGUGGGGUGUUUGGUCUAUAUAAGAUGCCUGAAUUUACUUGUAUUCAUUUGUUGUCGAUAUCUCGAGAGAAGAUUACGACUGCUACUUUUAAUGAUCUUGGGAAUUGGUUGACGUUUGGGUGUGCAAAACUUGGACAAUUGCUUGUAUGGGAUUGGAAACCAGAAAGCUACAUAUUGAAACAGCAAGGACAUUAUUUUGAUGUUAACUGUCUUGCAUAUUCACCUGAUUCCCAGCUCAUGGCUACUGGUGCAGAUGAUAACAAAAUCAAGGUGUGGACUGUUUCCUCAGGGUUUUGUUUUGUGACAUUCUCUGAGCACACAAAUGCAGUCACAGCCCUCCAUUUUAUGCCAAAUAACCAUUGUCUCUUAAGUGCAUCUUUGGAUGGCACUGUCCGUGCGUGGGAUCUCUUUCGCUACCGCAAUUUUAGGACAUUUACCACUCCCUCUUCCAAGCAGUUUGUAUCUUUGGCAUCCGACCAAAGUGGGGAAGUAAUUUGUGCCGGAACCCUUGAUUCAUUUGAGAUAUUUGUUUGGUCGAUGAAGACAGGACGGUUGUUGGAUGUACUUAGCGGCCAUGAAGGUCCUGUUCAUGGGUUGACAUUUUCUCCCACUAACGCAAUUCUAGCUUCAUCCUCCUGGGAUAAGUCCAUUCGCUUAUGGGAUGUUUUUCAAGGAAAAGGUGUGGUUGAGACAUUUUCUCAUACCCAUGAUGUUCUUACUGUUGUUUAUCGCCCGGACGGAAAGCAAUUGGCUUGCAGCACUUUAGAUGGUCAAAUCUAUUUUUGGGACCCAAUUGACGGAUUGCUGAUGUGUACCAUCGAGGGCCGUAGAGAUAUAGCUGGAGGACGCUUGAUGACUGACCGUACGUCAGCUGCUAACUCCACUUCCGGAAAAUGCUUCACUAGCUUGUGUUAUUCUGCCGAUGGAAAUUAUAUAUUAGCUGGGGGAAAGAGUAAAUACAUUUGUAUGUAUGAUGUGGCUGAUCAGGUGUUGCUGCGAAGAUUCCAAAUCACCCAUAAUCUUUCACUAGAUGGAGUUCUUGACUUCUUGAAUUCAAAGAAUAUGACAGAUGCUGGUCCACUAAAUUUAAUUGAUGAUGAUAAUAGUGAUACAGAGGAAGGUGUUGACAACCAAACACGAGGAAAUGCAAGUUACAAUUUACCAGGAGCACUGCCUAACAAAGGGAGGCCUGUUAUUCAAACUAAGUGCUUGAGAAUUGCACCUACUGGUCGGAGCUGGGCUGCAGCAACAACAGAAGGAGUUUUGGUUUAUUCAAUAGAUGAUUCCUUCAUCUUCGAUCCUACCGAUCUAGACAUCGAUGUGACACCUGAGGCCGUUGAUACAGCUCUGAGUGAAGAUCAUUUUGAUAGAGCUUUAAUUCUCAGCUUACGUUUAAAUGAAGAUGCCUUGAUUAAAAAGUGCAUCAUAUCCGUCUUCCCAGCAGAUAUACCAGCUGUUAUUUCCUCUAUCCCUACGAAAUAUCUACAAAGGUUAAUUGAGGCAUUUGCGGAGCUUCUGGAAAAGUGCCCACAUUUGGAAUUCAUUCUUCGUUGGUGUCAGGAGUUGUGUAAAGUUCAUGGUAAUUCCAUUCAGCAGAAUUCUAGAAAUUUGCUUCCGGCUCUAAAAUCAUUACAGAAGGCUAUUACGAGGACGCAUCAAGAUCUGGCAGAGACAUGUUCUUCCAAUGAAUAUUUGCUUCGAUAUUUGUGCUCUUCAAGUUCGUAGACUCAAUUUAUUAAAUUUUCUGUAUUUUACUGGGAUUUGAAAGAGAUGAUGAUUAAAUGGCAUUCCAGCUUAUGUUGAAAGAUCAAUUAGCAUCAGUAAAAACUAACCCUGUUUUGUUGUUGGACAUGAAUGAGAGCAUUAUGAAUAGGUCUGUGUCACCUUACAACAGGGGAUGGACCUAAUAUUUGGAUAGUCUAUGUUCCCAGUGUUUAAAGAAUCGGGUGUGAAAUUGAAGCCCCUCUUUAAAAGCAUUGCUCUCUAGCAGCUGUUGGCGAGUCUGUAUGGGGUCAUGUCUGAAUAUGAGAAAUCUCUCUGAUUUAUAAAGUUUCGUGCUAGCAAUUUUUCUCCCGGAUUGUAGUUCUACUUGGCUGUUUGAAAACAGAUGGUCGAAUGCAGGGAGAAGUGGUGUUUUGAGGGGAAGUACUGUCCAGUUCCCUGUAUAAUACUUGUUACUGUACUAAUUAGAGUCAUGAAAUUUAGUACUAUUGUUUUACAGAUAUUAAAUCAAAAUUUAUACA